UCAUUCACUAGCCGCAGGGUAUUUUUCUUGGUUUUUCUUUGGUACGUGAAAAAACAACUCUCAAAAACAUUCAUUAAAUGGCGAGAUCUUUUACCUGAAACCGAUGGAUAAUAGUGGCGGUGGGAUUUGAACAAUCGAUUAAUCCGUAUUAAUUCACUAAAGUGUCCUGGAAGAAGUGGAAAAGAAAAGAAAUUAUAUUUUUGUUUGGGGCUCCAUCUCAAGUAGAUAUGCCUCUUCUCAAGGUUGUUGUCUCGUCAACACGAAAUUCAACAGAAACCGUGGCUGCACUCGAGAGAGAUUUAGACGGGCAUUCGCCUUCGUCUUCUACUCACGAUGUUAACCAAGAACUGCCUGACCACAGCCAACUGGCCAAUGAGCCUUCUCAGGAAGAAAGUCCGAAUUCCCCUUUGCUGUCUGCAGCUAGCACACUAUCCAAGAAAGGAUCAAUCACAUCUCAAGAUAUUUGCAGGAUUUGUCAUUGUGAGGCCGAGUUUGAGGCCCCUCUAGUUGCUCCUUGCUGCUGCGCUGGCUCAUUAAAAUAUGUGCACCAAGGAUGCUUGCAGCGAUGGGUUCAGAGUUCCGACAUGAAGAACUGUGAACUGUGCAAGUACCCUUUCAUCAUGCAGACCAAAAUCAAACCAUUCAAAGAAUGGGAAAAGCUUGACAUGUCUUCAAUGGAGCGUCGCAAACUGGCUUGUUCGGUGACGUUUCACGCUGUCGCAUUUACCUGCGUUAUAUGGUCGCUUUACGUCCUGAUUGAUCGGUCGGCUGAAGAGUAUAAUUCGGGUCAAUUGCAGUGGCCUUUUUGGACUAAGCUGGUUGUCGUUGCGAUUGGAUUUACCGGCGGAGUUGUAUUUAUGUAUGUACAGUGUACCAUGUACUUGACGCUGUGUCGCAGAUGGCGGGCCUAUAAUCGAGUGAUUUUAGUUCAAAAUGCCCCCAACAAGGGUGGCAAUUCAUCGACGACUGUGACGCUGCCUAGCGACUCGGUCGCCACCAAACCCAACGGCGCCAAGAGGAAAGGAGAGAAAAAAGGUUCUGCUCCUGUCCAGUCGGUCGUGACGAUCGCCUCGGCUUUCACCGGCGGCAAUCUGCGGUCCAAAGUAGGUGGAGGUGGUAGCACUACGGCCAUCGACCCCGCUGGCAUCGACACCAGUCAUGACCACCAGUUGGUCGACACCAUCGUCAACGAGUCGCUUCAAGCCGAGGAGAUGGCGGCCCUGCUCGAUCUGAAGACCCAGCCGUCGACGUCCAAACAGCCGCCAACGCCCGACAGCAACACCCACACAAUUCCAUCCAUUCAGAAUGUAUGACAAUUUUCGUGUUCUCCCCCCCCCCCCCCUUUCCUUCGAUCCAGUUGCUUCUCAGUUUAGAUCAUUAAGAGCUUUAUGGAGAAAUUAAGAAGAAAGAGAGAGAGAGAGAAAUCAGAGGGAAUUUCUCAUUUUCUACAAGGUUCUUUUGUAUCAUUUCCGGUGUUCGUUUUGUUUUGUUUUUUUCUCGUCCGGUUCGGUUUUUCUAUUUUUCAGUUAAUUCCUUUUCUAACCCGCUUACCACGGAGAAAUAUUUAAUUUAGCUAUUUUAGUCUAGUCUUCACGUAUUCGACUAAACGAAUACUCAAAGAAAAUGUCGGAUAAAUUCUACAAGACAAAGAAUUAUCUAAAAAAAAAAUGUACAACUUUGCAAAAGCGAUGGAACAUUCAAAUUAACAAAUUGGCAAGUGUUGUUUCAAUUACAUCAAAUGUCGUCCGAGCAGCAUCUCGAAAAGUCCGAAUCGCUUCGUAAACUUUUGUUUUCUCUCUCUCUCUCGUUAACGGCGAUCAUUGUGGGAAAAAGAAAAGUAAAAAAGGGAAACAAACAAAAAUUAGCAAAAAGAAAAAGAAAAACUACAAAAUUUCACUUUGCAGCAGUUUGCGGAUCUGUGAUAGGCGGCUUAAUUAUUACACAAAUAUUAUUAUAUCUCCUAUACGAUUUUCUUCCCGGAUACAUGUGUAGAAGAACCAACAACAUUUAUACACCCCCCGUUUACAUUUAUUUCUGUCUCCCCAACUGAUUUUCUUCGUUAAUGGUUUUCCCUUUUUCUUUGUUUUCUCCAGUAAUAAAAACUUAGUCCCGUUUGUUGGCUCUUGAGCCGAUGCCGUAUACCCUCUCGCCGUUGUUGUUACUUGUUUUUCCGUUACUAGUAUGUUUUCUUUCUUUUGCUUUCGGUUUAUUGUUGUGUCAAUUGAUCGUUGUUUUCCGUCUGGCGCCAAAAAUUCAAUCAUCCUAAACGCAGAGAAUUGAUUGGUCGGGAACCCCAGAAGGAAUAAACUUGCCGUUGGUGCGACGACGUGUGUUGUGUGUGGAUGUGUAUUAUGGAAAUGGCCGUGAAUGUUGAAUGCCGCAGAGCAAAUUCUGUCAACCACUUCUCUUCAACCGUGAAAAAAGGAGGGGGGGAAGGGAUGGCACACCUUGUUCUCGUCUCCCUGUUAUGGCUCCGUUCAUCUCUCUCUCUCUCUUUUCCCUUUAUUUUCUAUUUGCUCUAAUACACGUCGUUUUUUUCCC